AUUGAGGCCGCCUCGACUACCGUAUGUCGCUCAUGGCUGUCGUGCGCGCACGUGAGUCCUGUUUCCCUUCGCACGACAUUGGCACAUGGACGAAAGACGGGCAUGCUGUGCGAGGUGUGACGGACGGUGGACCUCUGGAGCAUGCAAAACUCAACGUCAUGCGCAGGCCACGCUGCCUGCUGCUCAUCAUCACGGACCGACGUGCUGGGUUGGCAUGAGCCUUUUCUUCACAGGGACGACCUUGCGAGCGAGAAGGAGCCGCUUGAAAGGCUUGAGGGGUGGCUGUUGCCCUGCGUCUUGAUUCUCGACGAUUUGGUACGUCCCAGGGAAGUGCGACUUCAGAGACGAGUCAAGAACUUCGAGUUUGGCACACGUUCGCGCAUGAUUCGAGAGGACUGUCAGGACGAGACAUGCACGGAGAAGACACGGAGAAGAUGGCUACCCCGGACGAUGGACUGACAGUGACUUCUAUCAAAUCCCCGAACUGACUAGCAGAACACCACACACGACUAAGGCACCAGUCUUCGAAAC